AUGCGAUGCUACUUACUGCCAUUCUUAUUUUGGAUUUUCGCGCUGCACGCCUACGAACAUGAUAUGUAUCUAAUGAAACUCGUUUUCCGAUAUAUCUACGAAAACGAUAAAAAGUACCCCUACGCUGAUUCACUUGGGGUCUCGCCUACCCCAAAUACGCUCAUCUCCACGACAUAUUCCGAAAGCGACCUCGCUUUUUAUGACACCCUCGAGAAGGCCUACGAACUGGAGCAGGCAGAGCAAAACUCCCUCCUGAAUUCAGUCCCCGUAGACAACGGAUAUGGGAUGACCGAAGAUAUAAAACCGAUUUUGCCCGAAGAGGCCCCGGCCCAAGUCGAUGAUAAGCCGGCUUACAACGCCGAAGCUGACGCAUUUGGCAGUUACGGUAGUCCGCCAGACGAGAGCGGUGAGCUGGAAGAUUUUGGGAACAUACCGGAUCCAUAUCUGAAGCAUAGAGAUCCAGCAACGACCUUGCCUCCGAUGACCACCACAACGAAUUUCCCUGAAUUAAUACAACCCCAAGAACCGCCAUCGGUGCCUAAACAAUUUUUCAAGAAAACUGGACGAACCCUUAUAUAUUCCAUUAAAAGACCUUUGUCGAGCGAGCGCAAUCCACUAGUAUCCGGCGAUCCGAAUAUGGAGAUUCUAGAAAAAAUGAAAAAUGAUCGAAGAUACGCGAGAAUAAUUGUUGAACAUAGUCUUGGUGAGAUGCAUAUCGCUUUUAAUAAGCUCGUU